GCGGGGGGCAUGAGCGACGCCGAUGGCCGGCCAGCACCCGCGCUCGUCGGCUCUCUCACGGGUCACACCGUGAGCGGAAGCGGCGGGGCUACCAGCGACACCGAUGCCCAGGAGGAGGCGUUGGACGAGCUGCCCGCGCGGGUGAGAAGCAAGUUCCAGAAGACCAAGUAUUGCGACUUCUUCAUCAAGCGGGGGCGCUGCAGGAAGCGCCACAGGUGCAUGUUCGCCCACAGCGAGGCGGAGCUGCGCCCGCUCCCGGACCUGCGCUUCACGAAGAUGUGCCCCUCCGUGGUUGCGGGGGGAGAGUGCGCCCAGGAGGACUGCACGUACGCCCACAGCCCGCACGAGCUGCGCACGCCCGAGGCGGCGUGCCAAGGCGGCGGCCCGCUGGAGCCGCAACAGGAGCCACAGAGGCUCGAGCUGGCCGAGACGAAGAGCACAGGCAGCGGUAGCCUGAAUGAGGAGGACGAGGACCUUACAUCGCCAUGCCGGCCAGCGCCUUCAAGCGCCAGAUGA